AAAGCUAUCCACUUUUUUGUUAGAAGAAUGAGUGUGUGAGGAGAGAGGAACAGUAGGCUAAAAAAGGGAAGAUUUUAAAUGAAAUGGGAAUCCUUGAUAAGGGAAAUACAAAACGGGAUUAUGGCAGCACGGACAGUGAAGAAAUGUGUAGCAGAGGAGGAACUGGCAGCCUUUCCAGCUUAAUAGGCAAGACCCUCCAGCAUCCAGGGAACAGAAAUUGCAUGAUGUCUCAAAAAGAUGAGCCACAGGACAAGGCCUACUCAGUCAGGAUUAUUUGCUUUAUCCUGGGGCUUGGAACUCUGUUGCCAUGGAACUUCUUUAUUACAGCUAUUCCAUAUUUCCAUAGCCGCCUGUAUGGGAAUUCCUCUUUGAAUGGUAAUAUGUCGGAUUCAGAACACACGAGUGGGAAGGAUGAAUUAAAUUUUAAUAACUGGAUGACCCUCCUAGCGCAGCUGCCUCUACUGCUUUGUACACUCCUCAACUCAUUUAUUUAUCAAUGUAUUUCUGAAAGGAUUCGCAUAGCAGGCAGCAUGUUGGCUAUCUUGUCUCUCUUUAUCUUCACUGCUGUUUUGGUAAAAAUUGUGAUGGCAGCGCAGACCUUCUUCGAUUUGACACUGGCCACUAUCUGGUUUAUCAAUGCCUUUUGUGCAAUUCUACAAGGCAGUCUGUUUGGGCUUCUGACACUCUUCCCUCAGCAGUAUAGCAGCAUGUUCCUCAGUGGUCAAGGAAUGGCUGGAAUGUUUGCUACUCUGGCUAUGAUUCUGUCCAUGUCAAGUGGUGCUGAUGUUGAGACUGUUGCUCUGGGUUAUUUCAUCACCCCUUGUGUUGGAACUUGCAUUUCAAUCAUAUGCUACCUUCUGCUUCCUCGUCUAGACUUUGCUCAGUACUAUCUCUCGAAAUCCAACACACACGGUCCAAAGCCUUAUGAAAUAGAGACUAAAACAGAAUUGUUACAUCCAGGAGAGGAAAAUGGAGAUGCAGGACAGAAGAAAGCUGUGUUACUGCUAAAGGAGACAGAAGCUGGUGGUGUAGAGGAAGAGAAACUGACUGUGUCUAUCUGCACUAUUUUAAGAAAGAUCUGGGUGAUGGCUUUGACGAUAGUACUUACGUUUGGAGUGACGUUAUCAGUGUUUCCAGCAAUCACUGCAAAAGUUGGCACACAUGUACAAGAUAAUGAAAGCUGGAGCAAAUUUUUUAAUCCUGUUUGCUGCUUCUUGAUUUUUAAUGUGAUGGACUGGAUUGGGCGUAGCCUUACUUCUAAAAUUCUGUGGCCUGGUCCUGACUGCAUGUACACACCUCUGCUGGCUGCCAGCCGCUUUAUCUUCGUACCUCUCUUCAUGUUCUGUAACAUUGAUGAUCGUCAGUAUCUUACUACCUUCUUCUACAAUGAUGCUUGGUUUAUCAUCUUCAUGAUCCUGUUUUCUAUCAGCAAUGGAUACUUUGUAUCCCUACCCAUGUGCUUGGCUCCCAAGAAAGUAUUGCCACAUGAGAGUGAGACCACGGGUGCUCUCAUGACAUUCUUCCUUGCUUUGGGACUUUCACUUGGAGCAGGUUUAUCCUUUGGCUUCAAAGAACUUUUAUAAAAGAGUGAUGAGCUGAUGCUGCGGCCUGUGUUUACCAGUCUGCACUCCUAUUAUACAGAGUAUUCUGCUUGGUUUCUGUUCAGCCUCUUAUACUUCAUACAGUCAAGAGCCACCAGCUGAAACAACUACUGAUGAUGAUCACAUAUUUUAUUGUUUACUUGGUUAAGCUGCCUUUUUUAUUUUUGCUUUUAUAUGCUUGUAAUUUAACUGUAAAAAAAGCAUUGUUUUUAUACAUGUACUUUUAUAGCAUAGAACAGCCUGUAUCAUAUUUAGGACUUAAGUAUUUCAACUAAGGAUCUUUUUACAUAUAGGACUUAUGUAUAUAGGAACUACAUUUAUCAAAUAUGGCAUACCAUAUUAGCACAUAUGUUUACACAUGAUAUUGCCCAUACAGUACAAUGGAUUUGAUUUUACAUGCAAAUAUGUCAGAAUAUAUAGUCAGUUGUAAGUGGCUGUAUUUUAGCUUUAUUCUGUAUAAGCGCACGCGCACACACACACACACACACACACACACACACACACACACACACACACACACACACACACACACACAGCCAUUCUAAAUCAAGACUCUCCCAGAAAGGCAGGCCCAGGCUGGAACACUAUGUAGGAGGUGAUAACGUAAAAUUUGCCAAUUUUGGAUAGAAAAGCCAGAAUAUAUUGCUGUCUGUGUCCUCACUGGGAAAGGAAGAAAGAGGAAAUCCCUCUUAACGGGUAUAUACAGCAAUAUAAUCUAUCGUCUUUUUUUGUUUGUUCUUUAUUUUUAAAUCAGGAAUUUUUUUUUGUCUUUUUUUUUUUUAAACCGAUCACAUUAUUUUAGUUAUGUGGGAAAUGUUUAGUAUCUCUAUUGCAACGGGUGUCACCAUUUAAAAGAUUCCCCCUCGCUAGCACAUGAAGUGAGAUCAAAUAUAUCCAAUGAAGACAAUGCAAAGAAAAAAAAAACUACAUUUGACAGCCUGUAACCAUUUCCAACACUCUCCAAAACAAAACAAAAAAAAAUACACUUUCACUGUGCUAAUGGUCCUUUAUUGUAUGUUGGCACUUAAAUAAAUAGCCAUAAUGUUAUGUGACUAGGCAUUCAAAUUAAAAGGAGAGAAGUACAACACAGACCCCCCCCCCCCCCCCCUGUUCUCAGGUUCUUUUGGAAUUUUUGGUUCCAGAUUUUACCCUAAAACUUUUAAGUGUGGUCUAUUGGGACCUGACUAUAACACAAAUUGUUCUCUUCUUUUAUUAUUAGUCAGGCACUAUACUCCUGUCUUUUAACAAGGGGGGCACACUUCCUUUCAGACAUCUAAACAAACUGUAUUGACUAAAAUUCCCUGUCAUGUUUUCUUUAGGCAAAGCAUAAUCCUAUAAACCCAUAUUUAUUUUAUUUUGGCUUCUUAACAAUGUUUUUGUUAUGAUAAAACUAGUUGCUCCUGACUGGUGACUUUUUCUAAAAAAAAUAUAUAUAUAUUUUAUAGGAUUUUAAAGGGAACUGAUAAUGUGGCCAUACAAGUAACUAUUUGUGAUUGAUCAAAGUAUGAAUGGUCACAACAUAUUGAACAAUGUAACCCAGUGCUGCAGU